AUGGUUAUCAGGAACAAUAAGAAACUUCACAACGCCAACACUUGCCUCCUUGUCAAUCUGGCCUCUUCAGAUUUGGGUUUCGCCAUUGUAACUUUUAUAGAUAUUUUUCUAUUCUCGUACAAGUAUACGUCCAUUUAUUCUUUCCCCGAGUUCAUUCUCCAUGCGACAGCUUCAAUCUAUCUACUGGUAGCUGUAGCAAUGGAGAGAUAUUUCGCCAUUCUGAAACCUUUCGUGCACUUGACAAAAGUCGUUAAGUCUAUAAUGUGGAAACUGAUACUUGCAAUAUGGUUGCUCGCCGGCGUACUAAGUGCACCGGGAUUUAUUAUUGCCUUCCUAAGGCUAAAGUUCAUCUGGAGAAACGCUUCGAGAAAUACAACUGUUGAAAUACCUCGCUGGAUUGAGAUUCUUAACACGACGUAUUCAUUUGUAAUCUUCACUUUCGGUCUCAUUUUACCAAGUGUUAUAAUGAUAUAUUGUUAUACUCGGAUAAUUUAUCACAUGUGGUUCAACGCCGAAGCUAAUAAAGCAACAAACGUCGCUCUUUUACAGUCGAGACGCAAAUUGACAAAACUUCUUAUACUGGUUACCUUGAUAUUUCUCAUUGUUUCCCAGGCUUAA